CCAUCUCUAUACCCAUCCCACCCAUUGAUCCUUUCUGCCUACCCUGCCGUGCAGAUCGCGGUCUGCUGUCUCGGGUUCUAUCGUCCGUCCCUCACAAUGUUCCGAUCCGUCGUACCUCGCGCCCUGCCCAGGGCUGUCCGGCCUUCGGCAGUUUCCCGAAGCACUUUCUGCGCUCCCAACAUCUACUUCCAGGGCCGCUCAAGACGUGGAUAUGCAUCAGAAGCUGAGGAGAAGGAUCUUGUUAUCAUCGGUGGCGGUGUUGCAGGAUAUGUUGCGGCAAUUAAAGCUGGCCAGUCCGGCCUCAAGGUUGCGUGUAUCGAAAAGCGUGGUGCCCUCGGAGGCACAUGCUUGAAUGUUGGCUGCAUCCCCUCCAAAUCUCUCUUAAACAACUCCCACCUAUACCACCAGAUUCUUCACGACACCAAGCACCGCGGCAUUGAAGUGGGCGAAGUCAAGAUCAACCUACAGGCUAUGAUGCAGGCAAAGGAUACCUCUGUUGCCGGUUUAACUAAGGGUGUAGAGUUCCUGUUCAAGAAGAACAACGUGGAGUACAUCAAGGGCACUGGCGCAUUCCAGGACGAGCACACCAUCGCCGUCAACCUCAUCGACGGAGGAGAAACCACUGUCCGAGGCAAGAACAUUCUGAUUGCCACAGGAUCCGAGGCUACCCCCUUUCCCGGUCUGACAAUCGACGAGAAGAAGGUGAUCACGAGUACCGGUGCUAUCGCUAUGACCGAGGUCCCCAAGAAGAUGGUUGUCAUUGGUGGUGGUAUCAUUGGUCUUGAGAUGGGCUCUGUCUGGUCGCGCCUAGGCUCCGAAGUCACUGUUGUUGAAUUCCUUGGCCAAAUUGGCGGACCCGGAAUGGACGCAGAAGUUGCUAAACAGACCCAAAAGAUCCUUGCAAAGCAGGGUAUGAAGUUCAAACUCAACACUAAGGUCACCAAAGGAGAUAUGGAAGGCGAGACCGUUACGAUCAACACCGAGGCUGCGAAGGGUGGCAAGGAGGAGACUCUCGAUGCUGAUGUCGUCCUAUGCGCUAUCGGUCGCCGCCCAUACACCAACGGCUUGGGACUCGAGAACAUUGGUCUCGAAACUGACGAUAGAGGACGGCUCAUCAUUGACCAGGAGUACCGCACCAAGAUCCAGCACAUUCGUGCCAUCGGCGACGUAACUUUUGGUCCUAUGCUGGCGCACAAGGCCGAGGAGGAAGCCGUUGCUGCGAUCGAGUAUCUCACUAAAGGUUAUGGACAUGUCAACUACGGUGCCAUUCCUUCCGUCAUGUACACUCACCCUGAAGUUGCAUGGGUUGGGCAGAGCGAAGAAGAGCUCAAGUCUGCUGGUGUGAAGUACAAGGUCGGAAGCUUCCCAUUCUCCGCCAACUCGAGAGCCAAGACAAACCUCGACACUCUUGGAUUCGUCAAGAUGCUUUCAGAUGCCGAGACCGACAGGAUAUUGGGCAUUCACAUUGUUGGACCCAACGCCGGUGAAAUGAUCGCUGAGGGUGUCCUUGCUAUUGAGUAUGGCGCCAGCUCCGAGGAUAUUGCACGAACAUCGCACGCCCAUCCUACGUUGUCAGAAGCCUUCAAGGAGGCCGCUAUGGCCACGUACGACAAGGCUAUUCAUUACUAG